AUGAACUCGAAACAUUCAAUGUCGUUCUUAUUUAGUUCUCCCAUCCAAAUCGACAUCCUUCUCGACAAUGACCAUGAGAAGGCGAAGAUGACGAAGGUAGUCAACAAACAAAAAGUUGAUAUUCCGAUAUAUAUGCGGAACGAAGAUGUCAGUGGGAAAGUGAUGGUUACUUUAAAAGACAAGAAAUUUGAGCAUCAAGGGAUUCGGAUUGAUUUUGUCGGAACGAUCGAAUAUUCAUACGACCGGAGCUCGACGUCGAACUUCAUUCAACAGACUUUUGAGUUAUCGCGCCCGACGAUCAUGACGGAGGAGAAGACGAUGUUUCCCUUUAACUUUUCUGGGAUAGAUAAGAAGUAUGAUUCCUAUGCUGGGAAGAAUGUUCGUUUACGCUAUUACUUACGGGUGACCGUGAAUAAGAAGUAUUCCUCAGGGAUGAAUAAAGAGAUUGAUAUUUGGGUGGUCAAUUAUCAAGAUCAACCACAGAAGAAUGAGCCGAUUUUAAUGGACGUUGGCGUCGAGAAGUCAAUUUCAAUUGAAUUUAAAUAUCGCAAAUCAUUUUAUACUUUGAGCGACGUCGUCUUGGGUCAAGUCUACUUCAAAACUGUGCGUCUCCCUUUGGCUUCGAUGGAACUCCAAAUCUUGAGAAAAGAAACAACGGGUUAUCCUCCUAAUCAAACAGUCGAAACGGAAACACUCGCUAGAUAUGAAUUGAUGGACGGCGCUCCAGUCAAAGGAGAAUCUAUGCCAAUUCGUGUCUUCUUGGCUAAUUUGGACUUGACCCCUUCGUAUCAUAACAUUAAUAAUAUGUUCUCUGUGACUUAUCACUUACACUUGGUACUCAUCGAAGAAAACUCAAAGAGAUACUUCAAGCAAUGCGAAUUCAAGUUGUGGAGGAAAAAACCAGACGUCCAAAUCGUCGCUCAAGAAGUCAAAACUGCAGCAAAUACUGACGGGUUGGCGGGGUGCCAAGAAGCACCUUAUAAAGGUACAGACGGGCAAAACGUUAAUAAACCACUCCCUCAUGUUAAUGAAGCAGAAAACGUUAAGGAAGAUGUCACACCAGUCGAAGAGAAACCUCAAAUCAUCGAAGAGGCUAAACAAACUCAACCAAUCGCUCAGGAUGUUAAACAAGAAGUGCCAGAAGAGACAAAACAAGUCGAAAACACUGAAGUCAAGAAGGAAGAAAAGAAGGAAGAGUCAAAGUCCGACAAAAAGGAAAACAAACCAAUCGACAUCUCCUCAUUCAUUCAAGACGACAAGCAAGAGGAUGAAAACCUUUUCUAA